AUGGAUUUUGAAGCGCUUCCCAGAUCCCCUGCCCUUGAGUUGUUGAGCCGUUCUGAUUUUGAGCAGAUCCAAGAAUGGAAUUCGCGAGAGACGAAGCCUAUCAACAAAUGCGUGCACGACAUCCUCCAUGGCCAAGCUCUUCUCACGCCGGACCGCGUGGCUCUCUGCUCGUGGGACGGUGAAAUGAGUUACGGCGAGCUUGACCGCACCACCACGCAACUGGGCCAUUACCUAGUCCACAAGUAUGGCAUCCAGGUGGAGGAUGUCGUCUCUUUCACAUUCGAGAAGUCCAUCUGUGCCGUCGUGACCAUGAUCGCGGUCAUGAAGGCCGGUGGAAUUCUCAUGCCGCUCGACCCUCGCAUGCCCCAGCGCACCUGGCAUGAUAGGAUGCGCGAUUUUGGUGCAAAACUGGCAGUGAGCUCUGCGGGGUUAGCGAGCCGCAUUCAUGCCGAGUACUCCAAUCGACUGCUGGUCGUUGACCAUUCACUCUUGGAAAGCAUUCCGGAGUACUCGCUGGACGAGGCUUGCUCCGACGUGCGGCCAGAAAACGGCCUGCUAUUGACCUUUACCUCUGGCAGCACUGGAAAGCCCAAGGGAAUCCUCCAGGAGCACAAUGCCUUUGGCACAAGUUGCCGCGAUCACGGAGCUGCAAUGCUGAUCACCUCGGAAUCACGCACCUACCAAUUCUCCGGCUACAGCUUUGAUACCAGCCUCAGCGAUACCUUCUGCACCUUUUUGGUUGGCGGAUGUGUAUGCCUGCCCUCCGAUAAUGACCGACUCAACAACCUGGCCGGAUCCAUUACCGCACUCAAGGCCAACGUGGCCUGUCUGACACCGAGCGCUGCAGACUCGUUGUUUCCUGAAGAUGUCCCAACUCUCAAAGUCCUCUCGUUAGGAGGCGAGGCCCUCAACGAGAGAUUGGUCGAGAGAUGGGCUCCCGCCGUGAAGCUGUUGAACAUUUACGGUAUCACUGAAUGUAUUGUGUGGUGCACAUCCACGGAUCCUAUCAUCGUAGGAGCCAAUCCCAGCAAUAUUGGCCGUGCCGUGUGCGGGCGAACCUGGAUUGUGGACUCUUCCGACCACACGAAACUGGCCCCUGUCGGUGCUGUAGGAGAGUUGCUCGUCGAAGGUCCGAACAUGGCUCGGCACUACGUUCAGAACCCCGAGGCUACAGCGAAAGCCUUUGUGAAUCUGCCAGACUAUUUCGGCCAGGGAUCGAGGCGUUUCUACCGCACUGGAGACCUCGUCAAGUACGCAGCCGACGGUACUAUCGAUUACAUCGGACGUCGAGACACUCAGGUCAAACUUGCGGGCCAAAGAGUGGACUUGGCCCACAUCGAACAUUGCAUGCAGAAAUGUGUGCCGGGGACCGUUGAGGUCUGUGUCGUGCUUGCUGCUCAGCAGAGAGUACUUUCUGGGUUUGUUACCGAUAGGAGUCUGAAGCAGCCUUUGGUCAUCCCCGAGCUGAAGGCGCAGCUCGCAAAUAUCCUUCCUGCCUAUAUGGUUCCUGGCGCCAUCUUUUCUGUAUCAAGACUGCCAUCUACGCCAUCGGGCAAAAUCGACCGCGUACGUCUCAGCAAGAUGGCAUCUGAGCUCAUCACGGACUCUGCUGCGGAACGCCCAAGCCGUCCUUUGACUGAUGCUGAAACGCUCCUCCAAGGACUAUGGGCCACUGCUCUAGGCGUCAACCCUGAAGUAAUUCACCCGAACUCAAAUUUCUUGCAAUUUGGAGACUCUGUCUCGGCAAUGAAAUUAGCCAACAUUUCGAGGAAGGCUGGCAUGGUUCUCAGCGUGUCAGCAAUCUUCACCCAUCCCAUCCUCUCAGACAUGGCCGCAAAUUCCGCCGUAGAGCUUGCAGCUGAAGAGACGGUUGCCAAGUUUGGCCUCAUGAAGGGAGAGACUCUUCCUGAUGCAAUUUCAUCGGCAGGGUCGCAAUGUGGAAUUCGUCCUGAGGACAUCGAAGACAUCUAUCCCUGCACACCUUUGCAGGAGGGCCUCAUGGCUUUAUCAAUAAAGGAGCAGGGUGCCUACAUUGCCCGCCACGUUCUACGACUCACGGCAUCAACCGAUCUGGACAGAUUCAGAGCGGCCUGUGCACAAGUCGUUCAGGCCAACAGUAUCCUGAGAACCAGAUUCGUGCAAUUCAGCAACCAGAUCUUCCAGGCCGUUCUCAAGGAAGAGCCCGAAUGGAACGUCUCCGAGGCCCUUGAAACCUACCUUCUCGCCGAUUCGGAGAAACACGUGGGAUGCGGUGACCGUUUGAUCCGACUUGGACUCGUAUCUGAGGGAAGCUCCCGCUUCUUCGUGUUUACCGCACACCACUCAAUCUAUGAUGGCUGGUCCAUCCCGCUUAUCCUUGAUCAGAUCGGUCAGGCAUAUCAGGGCCAACUGGAACCACCGGUACUAGAAUUCAGAUCUUUCAUCGGCAAGCUGAUGGAGGCUGAUGAAGCCGCAUCGGCGACGUACUGGCGAGGACAGCUCCAGGACGCACAGCCAGUGACAUUUCCUCCACUGACACCUGCGAAUCGCCAACCCCACGCCGACAGCGUUAGGGAACAUACCUUUUCCCUGCCCGAGACACGUAAAUCCGAAAUAACAACAGCAACGUUCAUACGCGCAGCAUGGGCAAUCCUCAUCUCACAGCACUCUUUGACAGAUGACGUGAUCAUGGGUACGACGCUCUCCGGCCGGUCGCUUUCAAUGCCGGGAAUAGACGGACUCGUUGGACCUACCAUCACAACAGUACCAGUCAGAGUGCAGCUACUCCAAUCCCAAAUGGUGGAAAGCUUUCUCAAGCAGCUGCAGGAUCAAGCCACGGAGAUGAUACCGCACGAGCACUUUGGACUACGCCGCAUCCGCCGUCUUUCUCCCGAGGCCGAAGCCGCCUGUGGAUUCCAGAGUCUGCUCAUCCUGCAACCGCCGACGGACCCAGCACCUGAGAAUCUGUUCGAGAAAUCAGGGCUCGAGAUCGUCGAGAAUAUUCGGACGUUCGCUCUUGCCCUGCAGGUCAGAGUCGACGGUUCCGAGACACGUCUGACUGCCAACUUUGAUGAGGACUUGAUUGACGGGCGUUACGUCACCUGGAUGCUUUUCCAGAUGGAGAACAUUCUCAAGCAGCUUCACAGCAAUCCAUUUGCGCUGCUUCAGGAUAUCAAGGCCUUUGGGCAGCAUGACAGCGAGCAGAUCGGAAAGUGGCUCCCCGGUCCACCUGAGUUCAUCGACCGCUGCGUGCAUGAGAUAUUCAUGGACCGUGUCAAAGAGAUGCCCAACGAAUAUGCCACCGAGGCAUGGGAUGGGAAGAUGACCUACUCGGAACUGGACCAACUCUCCUCUCGACUCGCGCAAUAUCUUUCCGGGCAGGGCAUCAAGCCUGAACAUGCGGUACCCAUCCUCUUCGAGAAGUCGAUGUGGACGCAGGUGGCCUUGCUCGGUGCGAUCAAGGCCGGCGCCACCUUCGUUCUGCUGGAUCCCGACCAUCCAGUUGCACGCCUCCAAGUCAUCGUCGACGACGUGGAAGCAAAGCUGAUCCUCAGCUCCAUCCAACACACCCAAACGGCGCAGUCACUCGGCAUCCCCGUGCUGACCAUCAGCAAGCACAUGAUCGAAGAAAUCCCGCACAACGAAGGGCAGCCCGCAGUCUCAAUCUCCCCCCGCCAAGCCCUCUACAUCCACUUCUCCUCGGGCACGACGGGCAAACCCAAGGGCUCCAUCAUCGACCACUGCUCCUACGCGUCCUCGGCCAGCGCGACCUGCCGCGCCAUGCAGCUCUACCCCGGGCCGGAGUCAGCCAACCGCGUCCUCCACUUCGCAGCGCACAGCUACGACCAGUGCAUCGGCGAGAUGCUGGGCACCAUCAUGCACGGCGGCACGCUCUGCAUCCCGUCCGACUUCGAGCGCAACAACGACGUCAUCGGCUCCAUCAACAAGUACGCGUGCUCGCGCGCGACCUUCACGCCGUCGUUCGGCCGGCUCGUCUCGCCCGCGGACGUCCCGACGCUGCGGGUCGUGGUCGUGGGCGGCGAGGCCAUCGCGGAGCAGGACAUCGGGCACUGGAGCGACGGCGGCGUGCAGCUGUUCAACGCGUACGGGCCCAGCGAGACGACCGUGUCGAGCUGCGUCAAGGCGUGGCCGACGGUCAACAGCAGCACCGACUUCCGCAGCAUCGGGCACCCGAUCGACUCGGCGCACUACUACAUCGUCGAGCCGGGCAACCACCACCAGCUCACCCCUCUCGGCGGCCUGGGCGAGAUCGUCAUCGACAGCCCGACCGUGGCGCGGGGCUACCUGAAGGAGCCGGAGAAGUCCAAGGCUGCGUUCGUCGACCGUCCGGCUUGGUUAGUUGGUGAGGGAUUGCCGCCAGGGAGGAAGCUGUACAAGACGGGCGACAUGGCGCGGUACACGCCGGACGGCGAGUUCGUGUUCCUGGGCAGGCGCGACACGCAGGUGAAACUCCGCAGCCAGCGGCUCGAGCUGGCCGAGGUCGAGCACCACGUCUCGUCCCAACUGUCUCCCAUCGACGAGGUCGUCGCCGAGAUGAUCACCAUCGCGUCGUCCGCGAACCUCAUCCUCGCCGCCUUCAUCCGCGUCGGCCGCGGAUACCCCAACGGAGACCUCCUGGACGAGGAGGCGGGGGAGAAGGCCGAGUGGACGGCGCUGCAGAACCGCAUCGUCGCGCACCUGGGCAAGACGGUGCCGGCGUACAUGAUUCCGACGGCGUUCGUGCCCCUGCGCCGCGUGCCGCUGACCAACUCGCACAAGGUCGACCGCAAGCGCCUGCACGCGCUGGCCGCCGGCUUCACGGCCGAGCGGCUGGCGGCCUUCUCUCUCGCCCAGAACGGCCGGGCGCCGGAGACGGCAGCGGAGAAGGAGAUGUGUCAGCAGUGGGCGGCGGUGCUGGGCAUCGACGAGAAGGUCAUCAGCGCCGAGGACAACUUCUUCAGGCUCGGGGGAGAUUCCAUCGAUGCGAUGAAGCUGGUCGCGGCCGUCAGGGCGAGGGGCUUCGGGCUGACGAUGCGGACUGUGUUUCAGUAUCCAAGGCUGUCGGAUAUGUGCCUCACGCUCACUGAGAUCGCGGCUACGAAGCGGGAGGAGGACGACAGCCCGGCCCCCUUCUCGCUGGUGCCGGAAGACGCGGUCGUCGCGCUGCGGCAGGAAGCUACCGAGCAGUGCCGCGUCGGCGAUGACGCUGUCCAGGAUAUCUAUCCGGCGACGCCGCUUCAGGAGGGCUUGAUUGCCGUCUCGGCGAAGCAUCCUGGCAUGGAGAUGGCGCAGAUGAGCUUUCUGCUCGAUGAAGGUGUGAGCGUGGACCGCCUGAAGGGCGCGUGGGAGGCCAUCGCGCGCCGCAACGCCAUUCUCCGAACCAGAAUGAUCACUACCAAGUCGGGCGUCUAUCAGGUCGUGGUUGACGAGAUGAUCGACUGGGUCGAGGCCAAGGACAUGGCGGCGUACGCUCAGAAAGACCGCGAGGUGCCCAUGCUGCACGGCGACAAGCUUUGCCGCUUUGCCGUCAUCGAGGACGAGGCGAGCGGCCAAGCGCACUUGUGCAUUACCAUCCACCACGCCUUGUACGAUGGCUGGGCAUGGGGUAAGCUGUUGGAGCAGGUCGAGCAAGUCUAUGCUGGCGAAGCCGUCGCCAUCUCGCCCCCAUUCAACAAAUUCGUCCGGUUGCUCCAAGCGCAGGAUCCAGACACGCUUCAGGAUUUCUGGAAGUCUACACUGGCUGGCGUCUCGGCCGACAUAUUUCCCAAGCUGCCCACCGCCUUCUACACGCCCAAGGCUGAUGGUCUUUUGCAUCACACGGUCGAGGGAACUAAUGCCUCAAAUGUCACGGCAGCAAAUGUCGUACGAGCAGCAUGGGCUUUUGUCAUUUCGAGAUAUACCGAGAACAGCGACGUGGUCAUCGGCUCUACGGUGACAGGCCGCAAUGCGCCCAUCGAAGGGAUCCAGGAGAUGAUUGGCCCGGCCUUUGCAACGGUGCCACUGCGGGUCAAUGUCGACAUGGAACAGAGCGUUGACGAUUUCCUUCAGCUGGUCCAAAAUUGCGUAGGCUCCAUGGACGGUUUCGAGUACCUCGGCCUUCAAGGCAUCCGCAGCAUCAACGCCGACACGGAAACGGCGUGCAGCUUCCAGAACGUGCUGGUGGUGCAGCCCGAGGCCAGAGAUGAGCGCCCCGAUAGUGUUCUCAGACACCGUCAUGACUGGGAUGAGAUGGCGACGUUCAAUAACUACGGCAUCAUGCUCGAAUGUACUCCCUCACGUACUAACAUGGAACUCAAGUGCAGUUUCGACUCGGACCUUAUCAACAGUACGCAGAUGGGCCGUAUCAUGCACCAGUUUGCGCACGUACUCGGUCAGUUGCUCACAGGCGGCAAACAGAGGCUGAGAGAUGUCGACAUGGUCAGUCCCGAGGACUACCGUGAAAUUGCCAAGUGGAACAGCCACGUACCAGAAAUCAUCGAGCGCUGCAUCCACGACCGGAUUGAGGAGCGCGUAGCUCAACACCCGCACGUGGAGGCAGUGUGUGCGUGGGACGGCAGCUUCACAUACGAGGAAGUCAGCAAGCUGUCGUCACCCCUGGCAGCGCGCCUCUACGCCAUGGGCGCCAGGCCCAACACGAUCAUCCCGCUGUGCUUUGAAAAGUCCAAGUGGACGCUCAUCGCCAUGAUGGCCGUCAUGAAGAGCGGCGCUGCCUUUCUGCUCCUGGAUCCGGCGCACCACUCGGCAGAAAAACGAAUCGAGCUCGCCCAGGCCGUGGACGCAAAGAUAGCCAUCGCCAGCCCAGCCUUCAGCUCUUCCCUGACCGACCACAUCAAUGCCGUCAUCACCCUCUCCGAAAACCAUUUACCUGGUCUUCCCACAGAAACCAAGUUGCCAACGCACACCUACCACCAUGACAACACCCUCUGCGUCAUGUUCACCUCCGGCAGCACCGGCAAACCCAAAGCCAUCGUCCACAGCCACUCGGGCAUGUACUCCUCCUUCGAAGCCUUCGGCCCCUGCUGCGCCGUGACGUCCAACUCGCGCGUCUUCCAAUUCGCCGCCUACGCCUUCGACGCGUCCGUCGGCGACCACCUCGCGACGCUCAUGCACGGCGGCUGCAUCUGCAUCCCGUCCGAGGCCGACCGCAUCAACGACUUCGCCGGCGCCUUCGCCCGCCUCCGCGCCAACUACGCGCACCUGACGCCGUCCCUCGGCCGCAGCCUCGAUCCGGAGAAACUGCCCGGCAUGCGCACCGUCAUCAUGGGCGGCGAGCCGCUGAUGCGGACUGAAGUCGCCAAGUGGAGCGAGCGCGCGCAUUUGUUGUCGGCGUACGGGCCCGCAGAGUCGUCGCUGUGCGUCGCCGGCACGCUGCGCGCUGGCGUGCGGCUGCCGCCGAACCUGGGAUUGCCGGUCGGGUGCAGGACGUGGGUCGUCGAGGCGCACGACUACACGAAGCUCGCGCCGGUGGGGGUGACGGGGCAGCUGGUCAUCGAGGGCCCGGUCAACGCCGCCGGCGGGUAUCUGGGCGAUGAGGAGCGCACGAAGGCCGGGUUUAUCGCGCCGCAGUGCGUGUGGAUUCCGGAGGUUGCGUCGGAGGUCAACCAGCGCAUGUACCGCACGGGCGAUCUGGCAAGGUAUAGCGCGACGGCCGGCGAUGGGAGCGUCGAGUUCGUCGAGCGCCGCGAUACGCAGAUUAAGCUGCGGGGCCAGCGCAUCGAGUUGGCCGAGGUCGAGUUCUGCCUCAAGGAAGCCCUGGCCGGCGUUACGCAUCUCCUGCCGGACAUCGACGAGAGCGUCGUGGCGAAGAUCACGCCCGCGGAAUCCUCGUCGUUGCACCUCGCCGCCUUCAUCGCCAGCCCGACGCUAGCUGCCGCCGCGCCGGCGGAGCAGAGCAGGCUCCUGCACGCGCUGCUGGCGGCCAUCGCGGCGUACAUGGCGCCGCGCCUGCUGGCCUACAAGAUACCGACCGUUAUCGUUCCCGUGGCGCAGAUGCCGCGCACGCCGUCGCGCAAGGUCGACCGCAAGGAGCUGGGCAAGCUGGCCGCGGGGCUGACGGCGGCCGACGUUGCGGCGUUCACGCGCGAGCAGAGUCGUGCCGGCCGCAAGCCAGAAAGCGAAGCGGAGGAGAAGCUGUGUGCGUUGGUUGCCCGUAUCCUCGGGUUGCCGGAAGACCAAGUGUUUGCCGACGAUGCUUUUGCUCGGCUGGGCGGCGACUCGAUUCAGGCUAUGCGCCUCGUGGCGCUGGCGAGAGAGGAGGGUUUGGUGCUCAGCGUGGCACGGCUGUUCGCCGCCGAGAGCAUCGCUGAGCUGGCGGCGGAGCAGACGGCGCCGGCGGAUGAGAGGCUGGUCGUGCCUGCGAAGGUGCAGGGGCCCGUUCAGGCUCGCGAUGUUGGCGCGGCGUUGUUUGAGGUGGUGGCGCAGAAGUGUGGGGUUGAUGUCGGCAUGGUGCAGGACGUCAUGCCGUGCACUCCCAUGCAGGAAGGCCUCAUGUCGCUGACCCUCAGCAAGCCUGGCGCUUAUGUGGCCUUCAACACCUUCGCCCUGCCGCCUGAGACCGACAUUGACAAGUUCAAGAACGUGUGGGGUGUUGUCUUCUCGCGCAACGACAUUCUCCGCACGCGUAUUGUACAGGUCGACGGCGAGACGGUGCAGGUGGUCUUGCAGGACAGUAUCUGGUGGUCCUCAAGCCGCAAUCUGUCCGAGGCAUUGGAGAAGGAGAAGGCAACGCCGAUGGGUCUGGGCACUCCGUUGAACAGGUUCAGUAUCGUCACUUCAGACACUACCAACUACUUCAUCUGGACGGCCCACCACAGCACCUACGACGGCUGGUCCAUGAAGUUGCUUUUGGACCAGGUCGAGGUAUUGUACCAGGGCAGCUCCGCUCCCACCGGCCCCAGCUUCAAGCGCUUUGUGACGGAUCUCUCUAAUGGACAUGCCGAGUCGUCUGCCUACUGGACCAACACCUUUGAGCACUUCUCGGCCCAGACUUUCCCCGAACCUUCUUCAUCAGGACAAGCCCCUGAAGUGGCUUCUUUCAAAACGUCUCAGAUCCAGUUCAGCCGGAAGACGGGGUCGCGCAUCACCACUUCGACCCUCGUCCGAGCAGCGUGGGCAGUGUUGCUCCGGCAAUACUGCGAAGGGGACGAAGUCCUGUUCGGGACUGUGUCCUCUGGACGUUCGGGUUCUCUCCUGGGCAUCGAGGGCGUCGUAGGUCCCACACUGUGCACCCUCCCCGUUGUUGUCAAGGUGAACGGUGCGUCGACGGUGAGCCAGUACCUGGAAACUGUGCAGCGCGAUUGGCUAGGCUCGCUCCCCCACGAGCAUUUUGGCCUGCAAAACAUUGCCCAUCUCAGCUCAGCGAGCAAGGCCGCCUGCAAUUUCCAGAACCUGCUGGUCAUCCAGCCCAGGCAAAUGCGCGAGUCAGACGAGAGCGCAGUAAUGGGCAGGUGGCUCGAGUCGGACCAGCAUUCCGACUUCUUUUCCUACCCCCUUACCGUACAGUGCAGCCUUGACGAUGCACAUUGCGAGGUCCUUGCUGGUUACGACAGCCGUCUGCUCAACGAGGAGCACGUCGUGCACAUGCUGCAGCAGUUUGACAGCAUCCUUCAACAACUUUGCUUGGAAGACCAACUCCUGAAAGUGUCAGAACUCGACGUUCUUGGUCCACAGGGUCUCCAACAGAUCCUCCACUGGGAUGAGGAAAUCCGUCAGCAGCAGACUCCUCCUACUCCGGACAAUGAUGUCUGCAUCCACGACCGUAUAUCUCAGCUGGCAGCUUCACAGCCGGAACGACCGGCCGUCUGUGCAUGGGACGGCGAAUUUACUUACGCCCAACUAGAAUCUUACACCAGCGCAUUGGCAGACCAUCUCGUUUCCUUGGGCGUCCGGCCGGAAACCCUCGUCCCUUUCUGCAUGGAGAAAUCAGCCUGGGUCGUUGUCGCAAAACUCGCCAUCCUCCGAGCCGGCGGUGCCUUCGUCCCCAUGGACCCAUCGUACCCCCGCGAGUGGCAGCAGGGAGUUGUCGAACAGACGCAAGCCAAGCUCGUCCUCACAUGUCCCCAGACCACCGAGUCCUGCGCGCAGUUCGCCGAGCAGGUGAUCGAGGUGUCCCCGAAGCUGCUCGAAUCACUCCCGUUCUCCAACGCCACGUCUCCCCGAUCGGCACUCUCCGACGCCGCGUACGUGAUCUUCACCUCAGGCAGCACGGGCACGCCGAAAGGCGUCGUCAUGGAGCACGGCGCCCUGAGCCGCAGCGUCACCGACCACGGCCACACGUUACGCUUCAGGGCCGACUCGCGCGUGCUCAACUUCGCGUCGUACGUCUUCGACGUCUGCAUCGCCGAGAUGCUGACGACGCUGGCGCACGGCGGCUGCGUGUGCGUGCCGUCGGCUGCCGAACGCACGGGCAACAUCAUGGCCGCCAUGAACCGCAUGCGCGUGAACUGGGCCUUGUUCACGGCGUCGUUCGUGCGCACCCUGUCGCCGCAGAAACUACCUAUGCUCGAGACGGUCGUUGUUGGAGGGGAGCCGCUGGAUGCUGACAUCUUCCAGACGUGGGCCAGCGAGGUUUGCUUGAUUGAAGCGUACGGGCCGGCCGAGUGCUGCAUCUUCAGCACGAGCGCCGUGGGCGUCAGCAGAACAGAUGAUCCGGCCCUCAUCGGGAAGUCUAUCACGGGCAGCUGUUGGAUCGUUGAUCCCAAUGACUGCAACCGCCUGGCUGCGGUGGGGAGCACGGGAGAGCUACUCGUCGAGGCGCCCACGCUGGCCCGCGGCUACCUCAACGAUGCGGCUAAGACGGACGCAGCGUUUGUCGUCAAUCCAAAGUGGGCAAUGACUGAAAACGGACAGACUCGCCGCAUGUACAAGACGGGUGAUCUGGUCAAGUUCAACGCCGACGGCUCCAUGAACUUCGUGGGGCGGAAGGACACGCAGGUCAAGCUGCGCGGCCAACGCAUCGAGCUGACGUUGAUCGAGCACCACAUCAGGCAGGCGACGAGCCGCCUCCUCCACGUCGCCGUCGAGAAGAUCAAACUCAGCGGCGGCGUGCAGCUGCUGGCCGCCUUCCUGGACUUCGAAGAUGGGAAGCAACACCUCGAUCUAUCCGAGGAGCUCAAAGCACAAUUCGUCUCCCUCCAACAGCACCUGCAGACCCACAUCCCCCCUCACAUGGUGCCCUCCAUGUACGUCCCGCUCGCCGCCAUGCCGCUCUCCAUCCCGGGCAAGAUCGACCGCCGCGCGCUGCGCGAUCUGGCCGCCAGCCUCUCCCAGGAACAGUUGUCGCGCCUUUCGCUGACGGACGCCGAGAAGCGGGCACCGAGCACGCAGAGCGAGACGGACCUGCGCCGCCUGUGGGCCGAAGUGCUUCGGCUGCCCGUCGACACCAUCGGCGUCGACGACGGCUUCUUCCAGCUGGGCGGCGACUCGAUCGGCGCCAUGCGGCUGGCCACGCUGGCGCGCGAGCACGGCAUCGACAUCACGGUGCAGAAUAUUCUCCGCAACAACAAGCUGUGCGAAAUGGCCCGGACAGCCAAGCUGCUCGGGGGCGCGGAGAAUGAGGAAGAAGAUGAAGAAGAAGCGUGGAAGAAGCCGCCGGCGCCGUUCGCGCUGGUGGAUGCCCCGGAGCGCGUCUUCGCGCGGCUCGAGCAGCAGCACGGGAUCCCGCGCAGGGAGGUCGAGGAUGCGUACGCUUGUUCGCCGCUGCAGGAGGGGCUGCUGGCGCUGUCGGCGAAGAAUGGCGGCACGUAUACGGCGCAGAGCGUGUUCAGUCUGCAUCCGUUCCUGGACGUGCCGCGGUUCAAGAAGGCGUGGGAGGCGGUGGUGCAGAGGCAUUCUAUCCUGCGCACUGUGAUUGUCGAUGUCGAUGGGGUUCUCGAGGGGUACUGCAUUGUGGAGGCUGAAGACGACGAUUACUUUGUGUGGACGGUUCACCACGCCAUUUACGACGGCUGGUCCACGAAGCUGCUGCUUGAGGAGCUCGAGCAGCUGUACCACAACAAGCCUCUGUCACCGGUUGUCGCGCCAUUCUCGCAAGUUCAAGCCUACUUUUCUCAGCAGGACACGGCUGCAGCGGACAACUACUGGAAGAGCCGGUUGGCAGACAGCAGCGCGGCCACUUUCCCAGAGGUCAAGUCCGCCUGGGCAUUGAUCCUCAGGAGCUACACAGGCUCCGACUCGGUACUCUUCGGAGAAACCUUCAGCGGAAGAGACAUCCCAGUGCCCGGCAUCACCACCACGACGGGCCCGACCAUCGCGACCGUUCCGACGGUCGUGCACCUGGAUCCCAAGCAAACGCUGGACGCCUACCUCGCCGCCGUGCAGACGCAAACAAUCGACAUGGCGCCGUUCCAACACGUGGGACUACAGCGCAUCAAAGAGCUCGGUCCGACAGCCAAAGCGGCCUGCAACUUCCAGAACCUGCUUGUCAUCCAGCCAGCCGACAAGGACGGAGCCGACGAGCAGGCGCCAACCACCAAGCUCUGGAGCGCCGUCGACGACGACGACGCCGUGUCGGCCGGCGGCUUCCUCGACUACCCGCUGGUAGUCGAAUGCACCGUCACGUCGACGGGCGCGAGCAUCGCAGCGCGGUACGCGUCCGCCGUCUUCACCGCCGCCCACGUCGAGCGCCUGCUGCACCAAUUCUCGCACGUCCUGCAGCAGCUCUGCAGCUCCGGGCCCGCGACCACCACCACGCUGAACGACAUCGACCCCCUCAGCUCGCACGACAAGCGCUCCCUCGCGACGUGGAACUCGCGCGUCCCGGAGACGCUGCACACCACCGUCCACGACCUCAUCGCCCAGCAGACCGCCCUGCACCCGCACGCCACCGCCAUCGAGUCCUGGGACGCGACGCUCACGUACGCCGAGCUGGACGACGCGUCCGCCCGCCUGGCACAGCAGCUGCGUUCCCUCGGCGUCCGCCGCGGCGGCGCGCCAGUGGCCGUGCUGUUCGAGAAGAGCGCCUGGGUCGUCGUCGCCAUGCUGGCUGUCCUGCGGGCCGGCGGCGCGUACGUGCCGCUCGACGUCGGCUUCCCGGACGAGCGCAACGGGCUGAUCCGCGGGCGCGUCCACGAGACCGGGGUAAGGGACGACAACAACACCACUACCACCACCCCCUCCACCGCCGCCGCCGACGCCGACGCAGACGGUGCUACUCCGGACGACCCGGCCUUCAUAAUCUUCACAUCCGGCACGACCGGCCGCCCCAAGGGCAUCUUCGCCGGCUUCGUCUUCGACGUCAGCCUCUCCGAGAUAUGGGGCGCGCUGAGCGUCGGCGCGACGCUGGCCUGGGCGCCGAGGGUGGCGCUGAUGAAUGGGUACGGGCCGGCUGAGUGCGCGGUGCUCGGCGGGAAUCGGUUUUGGAUUGUUGAUCCGGCGGAUGUGGGAAGGUUGGUGCCGGUCGGGGCGGUGGGCGAGUUGGUGGUUGAGGGCGCGACGUUGGCGGAUGGGUAUUUGAAUGAUGAGGUGAGGACGAAGGCGGCGUUCAUCGAGCCGCCGAGGUGGAGGAGGGAGGAGAUGGUGGAUGUGCCGGGUUUGAUGCCGGCGAGGAUGUACAGGUCGGGAGAUCUGGCGAGUCAGGUUAAGAUCCAUGGCCAGCGCGCUGAGCUGGGCGAGAUCGAGACGCAUGUGGCUGCUGCGUUGCCCGAGGGUUGGGUUGCUGUGGCGGCUAUGUCGAAGCUGGGUGGUGAGCUGCGGCUCACGGCCUUUGUUGGUAAGAGGAAUGCUGGUGGCAGUGGAGUCAUGGAGUGGAUCUCUUUGGAGGAGAAUGAGGGGGCAAGGAGUACGGUACAAGAGCUGCGGAAGAAGCUGGAGACGGUAUUACCACCUUUCAUGGUGCCGACGGCGUACGUUGUUGUACGGAAUGUGGCUCUGACGCCUGGAGGAAAAGUCGACCGCCAGAAGCUGUAUGCACUUGGCCAACAGCUUUCGCUGGAGCAGUGCGUGUUGCCUGAGGAAGUCAAGGAGGAUGUUGGGCCGCUGUCGGACAUGGAAGAACGGCUGCGCGGUCUCUGGGCGAAGGUGCUCAAGCUCGACAAGGAAAGACUGGGUGCCGAGUCCAACUUCAUCCAGCUGGGAGGAGACUCCAUCUCAGCCAUGCGCCUUGCCCACGCCAGCCGUGCUCUCGGCCUAUCUCUCAGCGUGCGGCAAAUCUUCACGGCACCAGUGCUGGCAGACAUGGCCGCCGUCAUCACGGUUGAAGAGAGUUCGGAAAAGGAGCCAUCACACAAACCCUUCUCCACACUCGGCGACAUCCACAUCGACACCUUCCUGCAGGACGUCGUCUGCCCCGCCGUGGGCUCCACCAAAGACAACAUCGAAGACGUCCUGCCCGCCACCGACUACCAAGCCUGGACCCUCUCUCACAACCACCUGCGCUCGCGCGGCUACAACAACUACCUAACCUACCACAUCACCGGCGUCAUCGACGAGCAGCGCCUCGCCGCCGCAUGCCAAACCCUCGUCGCGCACCACGCCAUCCUCCGCACCGUCUUCGCCGUGCAAGGCCGCCAACUCUACCAGGUCGUCCUGAAGCGCCUUCCCACGCCCCUCCUCUCCCACCACCCCCACAACACCUCCCCCGCCUCCGCCAUCGCCGCCGACAUGCGCGCCCCGCUGACCCUCAGCACGCCGCGCACCGCCUUCCUCCUCUGCACGCAGCAGAGCAGCAGCCCGACAACCACACACUCGCUGACCAUCCGCCUCUCCCACGCCCAGUACGACGGGCUCUCCCUGCCCAUCCUCCUCGCCGACCUGCGCGCCGCGUACGCCGGCACCGCUUUGUCCCCCGCUUCCCCCUUCGCCGCCUUCAUCCACGCCUCCAUGCAGAACGACGAGGCGGCAGCAGAACAGCACUACCGCACCCUCCUCCACGGCGCGCGCAUGACGCCCAUCACGCGCGUGCUGCGCGUCGAUAGCGCGGCGCUGCAAGCUUCGGGCCUGACGUUCGCGGCGGCCGACGUCGUGUUUGGGAGCAUCGUGGCGGGGCGGAGUAGCGUGGCUGGUGGGGAUAAGGUGGUGGGACCGUGUAUGAACGUCGUGCCGGUGCGGCAGGUCGAGGGGUUGCCGUUUGAGACGCUCGGGUUCAGGCGGGUGUUUGAGAGUUUACGAGCUUUGAGGGGUUUGGGGAGGGGGAGGUGCGGAGUGGUGGGGAUUCCGAGUGGCGGUUGGAGAGCUUUGCGCCGCCUGGUGAUGUGA